AUGGAGGACACGUCCAACAAAGGCGCCCUGGGCUCCCCCAGCCCACAGGAAAUCCCUGCCACUUUUAUCAGCCUGGAGGAACACGAGCCCACAGAUUUCAGCACCAAGGAGUUCAUCCUGGAGAAAACCAGAGCGACCUGCAGCCCCCAGAACCUCUGCUCGUCCCUGCGCCGGCUCCUCCCAGUGCUGGACUGGUUACCCCAGUACAGCCCCAGGACACAACUGCUCGGGGACGUGGUCUCAGGGCUCCUGGUGGGGAUUGUGGCCAUCCCCCAAUCCAUCUCCUACUCCCUUUUGGCCAACCAGGAUCCCAUUUAUGGCAUCUACACCAACUUCUUCUGCAACAUCAUCUACGCGGCCGCGGCCACGUCGCGCCACGCCAGCGUGGGCUCCUUUGGGGUGCUGUGCCUCAUGGUGGGGCAGUCUGUGACACGUCACCUGCAGCUGGCAGGGUAUGGGGACAGCAGUGCUGCCCUCGGGGACAACUCCAGCUCCCCCAGGAAUGGGACAGAGGGCUGUGACAGGAGCUGCUAUGCCAUCACCGUGGCGCUUUCCUUGAGCUUUCUGGUUGGUCUUUACCAGAUCCUGCUGGGGGUUUUACAGCUGGGUUUUCUGGCUGUCUACCUGUCAGAGCCUCUCCUGGGUGGCUUCGUGACCGGCUCCAGCCUCACCAUCAUCACCUCCCAGAUGAAAUAUCUGCUGGGGCUGAAAAUCCCUCGUCGUGAGGGGGUGGGCUCCUUCAUCCUCACCUGGGUGGACAUUUUCAGGUACAUCCACAACACCAACAUCUGCGACCUGCUCACCAGCCUGGUGGCUCUGGCCAUCAUAGUGCCCGUCAAGGAGCUCAACGAGCACUACAAGGAGAGGAUGAAGGCUCCCUUCCCCAUCGAGCUGCUGGUGGUCAUCGUGGCCACCGUCAUCUCCCACUACUUUGACUUUGAGCAGCGCUACAAGGCUGCAGUGUGUGGGGACAUCCCCACUGGCUUCAGGAAACCCACUGUGCCAGACACCAGCCUGUUUCCCAGCCUGGCGCUGGAUGCUGUGCCCAUCGCUGUCAUUGGCUUCGCCAUGACCGUGUCCCUGGCAGAAAUCUUUGGCAAAAAGCACGGCUACGCCAUCAGCGCCAACCAGGAGAUGAUCGCCAUCGGCAUGUGCAACCUCAUCCCUUCCUUCUUCUACUGCUUUGCCAGCUCUGCUGCCCUCACCAAGACUCUGCUGAAGGAGUCCACGGGCAGCCAGACCCAGGUGUCAGGGCUGGUCACCUCCCUGGUGCUGCUGCUGGUGCUGCUGUGGAUCUCCCCUCUCUUCUACUCUCUCCAGAGCUCCAUCCUGGGCGUGGUGACCAUCGUCAACCUGCGGGGUGGCCUCAGGAAGUUCCGUGACACUCCCAGGAUGUGGAAGCUCAGCAAGCUGGACACGGCGGUGUGGUGGACCACCAUGCUGUGCUCCACGCUGGUCACCACGGAGAUCGGGCUCCUGGUGGGAGUUUGCUUUGCCCUGCUCUGCAUCAUCUUCCGCACGCAGAGACCCCGGGCCACGCUCUUGGGCAAGGUCAGCAACAGGGAGGUCUACGAGGACCAGGCCACCUACAAAGAGCUCAGCAGCAUCACCAAUAUCAAAAUCUUCCGCUUCGAGUGCUCCCUGUACUACGCCAACAAGGAUUAUUUCAAGGCUGUGCUGUACCAGAAAACUGGGCUCAAUCCUGUCCUGCUGGCUGCCAGGCACCCCACGCUGGUGGCCCAGGCACACACAGACACUGGCAGCAGCAGGGGCUUUUGGAGCACUGGGUUUGGCUGGCUGAAAAAGGCCAGGAGAAGGGAUGAGAAACCUGUGGCAGAUGCUUGUCCCCCCUCCACAGACCUGCACACCCUCAUCCUGGACUGUGGGGCCAUGCAGUUCAUAGACACCGUGGGUCUCUCUGUGCUGAAGGAGACACACCACGACUACAAGGAGGUCGGUGUCCAGGUGCUCCUGGCCAACUGCAACCCCUCCAUCCGCCAGCGGCUCCGGGAGGGAGCCUGGGCUGGCCAGGCAGGCAGCCCUGGGGGCCAGCUGGCCUUCCACUGCAUCCACGAUGCCGUGCAGUUCGCUGAGCGCUGGCACCAGGGGGAGAGCAAGGACAAACAGGCUGCUCUCCCGGACCCCCAAGAGAUGAACUUCCAGGUGUCUUUGUAG